AUGUGUUUACCUUACCACUUGUUCAUCACUCCUAGUUCCAGUUUUUAUCACCUUCGGAAAUCAAACAAAUCCAUUAACAUCAACCAGAGGCCGCCUCAACCGGCCGCGCGGGCUGCCAGAACAAGGAAUGCAAAGAGGAGAAGAUCAAAAUCGGUAAAGGCGAGCUCCGUCUCGGUACCUGGGUUGACACCGAAAGAUUCCAGAGCUUCUUCUGGAGACACUGUUGAGGAAGCGAGCGGUGACUCAAAGGAUCUGGACGCCAUUGACGGCUUUGAGGAGCUUCCUUCUGAGUAUCAGGAAAAGGUCCGUAAGGCUCUGGAGCAGGGACAUGUUGACGAUGAGGAUUGGAAGGGGGAUCCUGAGAUGAACAGGCCUGGCAUGACGGGCUUUCGCAAGCGUGCCCCGAAGAAGAAGAAGGCUGACGAGGAAGAGGCGGAAUCUGCAUCCGAGAAGGAGGAAAUGACCCCUAAAUCGAAGAAAAGGGGCCGUGCUCAGACGAAGGACGAGCCCGAGGAGAAAGCUACCACACCCAAGACCAAAAGAGUCAAGAAGGGCAGCCGCAUCAAACAAAAGAGCGACACCGAGGACGACGUUGACAAGCAACAGGAAUUCGACGAGGAGGUUCAGCCCAAGCCAACUGUUACCAGAAGAGGGCGGGUUUCCAAAGCUGCCGCUGAGGAGAAAGCGCCCAAGGCGUCUGAGAAGCCGGCUGCGAAGCGUCAGAAGAAGUCAGUGGUUGAUGACGGUAAGGAGGCUGAGCCCGUUGAGGUGAAACCCAAGCGUGGUCGCAGAAAGAAGUCGACUUAG